AUGGAUGACAAGCCGAUCGUGGCACGGUCCAGUUCGGAUGCGUUCUGGUCGUCACUUGGUGACUCUGAGCUGGUGGACUUUGUGAAUGCUCUGAGUCAGCGCAAGAGAGAGGACAACGAUGAAGAGCAAAAGGGUCAGGAAAAAGACGAAGAAAAGAAUGAUGCCGAGGAUGAGAUUGAUUUAACAUUACCAGAUGAAGUGUGGAACAACAGUUUUACUGAAAACAAGAAUAUGGGGGGUGUAGGCGAUGAUAUUCUUGGGUCACUUACAUUAGCACAGAAACCUAAUGUAAGCCCCGAAGAGGUCUCACAAGAGGUCGCUCGAAAGGUUUCUCAAGAGGCUUCCCAGCAAGCUCCAGAUGAUCCUGAAGAUUUGAAUCACGAAGAGCCCGAAUUUGGUGAUAUGUCUCAUUACUUCAAGAACAAGCGUUUUAUGCAACAGAAAGCAGACGAAGAUUAUGUGGAAUGGCUAUCAAAGCGAAACGGAGGCAAGAAUCCGAACCUUGCGAUCUUCGAAGGAUGUAUCAUAUACGUUAAUGGAAGGACGGAUCCGGAUAUUGAACAACUUCACAAGAUGAUAAUUGUUCAUGGAGGAACAUUUCUCGCCUUUUUGGGAUCCAAAGGAAGUGCGACUCACAUAAUUGCCUCUAACCUGACCCCUCGAAAGCGGAUUGAAUUUCGCAACUACAAAGUUGUCAAGCCAGAGUGGAUUGUGGAAAGUAUAAGAGAGAACAGAAGGUUACCAUGGUCUGAUUAUCAGCUGAUUGACAAUGAUUAUGGCCAAGCAAAGAUUGGAUUCGCGAGGGAAAACGAAAGGACUGAUGUCGCGUUGAAUGCCAAACAUCCUGGAUUCCUAGAGCAGUUUUUCUCGAGGUCUAGACUUCAUCAUCUUAGCACUUGGAAGGCAGAUCUCCGCGCGGAGCAUCUUCAACGUGCGCUUGAGGAAUCGAAAACAAGGCCGAAGCGCGUGUAUUCGAAGCGUGCGAUUCUCCAUAUUGAUUUUGACUGUUUCUUUGCAGCAGCGUCUUCUUUGAAGCAACUUCCAAACGCAGAAGAUUUCAGAUCAAAACCUAUUUGCGUUACCCAUGGAGGGGCCCAUGCCGAUGUUGCUAGUUGCAACUAUGUUGCGCGAAAGAUGGGAGCCAAGAAUGGGAUGUGGCUUGAAAAGGCUCAGCAGAUGUGCAGUGGCCAGCUUAUUUGUCUGGAAUAUGACUUUGACGAAUAUGAAAGAAUAUCGAAGUUGUUUUAUGAUUGUUUGCUGGCUACCAAACCACAUUCGUUAUUGCCGGUUUCUGUUGAUGAAGCUCUUUUGGAUGUCUCAAACAUAGCAGAAGAACAUGACUUGGAAGAGUUCAUGAGCGAUCUGAGACAGAAGAUUUGGCUCGCUACACAUUGCACGGUCAGUGCUGGAUGUGCUCCUAACGUACUAUUGGCAAAACUGGCCCUACGAAAUUCUAAACCCGACGGUCAACUGUCUAUUUUGAACUACAGUGAAGAUGAAAUACUGAAGUUUCUAAAUCCAGUGGAUAUCAGGGACUUACCAGGAGUGGGAUAUAGUGUUCAGAAGAAGCUAAUGGAUGAGUUCAACGCAUCCAAGUUUACACUCGCGAACCUCCGCAAUGUUGAUAGACAGAAACUGGUCGAUAUGCUCGGAGUAAAGACAGGCGCCACACUCGCAGAGUAUUCAAGGGGAUUAGACAGCACCAGCAUUGAUAUUGCUUCAAAUCCGGAUGAGUUUACAAGGAAAAGCAUAUCCAUUGAUGUCAAUUGGGGAAUUCGCUUUGAUACGAUUGUCGAGGUGGAAACUUUCCUCGUCGAAUGUGCAAAAGUGCUCAGUGAAAGACUUCUGAAGGCCAAAAUGUUUGGGUCCCAAUUGACUAUGAAGCUAGCAAAGCGCUCUGAAAAUGCACCCAUUGCACCGCCAAAACAUAUGGGAAUGGGAAUGUGUGAUUUUGUUUCUAAAAGUGCUCGACUGGGGAUUUCCUCCAGAGAACCAGGGAUUCUUUCGAGCGAGGCAAAGAGUCUAUACAGAAUACUGGGUGUGCCACCAGCUGAGCUUCGUGGUAUAGCACUUCAGGUGACACGAUUAGUAAGUGAAGGUGACAACAGGGAAAACCAGAAUCAAAUGCGUUUGCCAUUUCAGAAAGCGAAAGAGCCACAAUUUCCGGGAUUGAGUUCUGAUCUCAACCCCAACCCUAUACCCGCAAAACGUCAGCUUGAACCUAGAAACGCACCGAAAAAAGUGACUCCCGCUGAUAUUAAGAAAAGAAUAAAGGACUUCAUGAGCAAGCCUAGACCUCGUACUACAGCUAUUGAGGAGCCUGAUUUGAAUGUGGAUCAGAUCAAUUGGGAUGUUUUCAAUGAGUUGCCGAAAGAGAUACAGAUAGAGCUUCAGACUGAGUUUGAAAGAAGAGGUCUGGUUGCCAAAUCAACUCCGUUUUCAACUCCCAAAAAGAGAAAAGUACAAUCCAGGAAAACACCUUCCCCUUCUAAGGAUGGAGGCCAGCAGCAAUUACCAGAGUCCUUGGGAGGAACACCACGAAAAGCCGUACUGGAAUCGCCAUUGAAGAAAUGUGGGUCUCCUUCUAAGUCUCCAUUCAAAGCGGCAUCUAGCACUCCGAAUAGGGGUAAAUCGAUUUCCCCAGAGAAACUUCGGCUAAAUGACACAACCAUAGAUAUGGCAAUUCUACAGGAACUUCCAUCUUCAAUACGAAACGACAUAGUGAAUCAAGCAGAAGCAGAGAAAGAGAUGAAGACCACAGAAAUGACGCCUAUGCAAUUAAAAGAAGAGUUGGUUGAAUUGCCUAGGCAGAAAAUGCAGAGUUACUUUAGAGCCUUAAAUAUCCCAUCUCUUCAAAAUCAAUGGCAGUUCUCGAAGGUAAAGAGUUUGUUACAGGCAUGGAUUUCGGCAGGAAUUGGCGAUUUUGAUUCUUCACUAUCUGGCUCUUACGGACCUUUGCAGGAGGAUUCAGUGGUUGUUUCGGCAUAUCUUUCCGAAUUGUUGUGGGAACAUAAUGAUAUCACUCGUGUCAUUAGUCUAGUGGAACAUAUGGAGAUUUGCAUUCUUGACAAAAAGAAUAGGCCAGGUUAUGAUGAGUGGAAAGAACUAGUCUCAACCUUGGACCAGAUGUUGAAAGAAUAUUUGAUUUCAAACGGCUCAAAGGUCAAAUAUAUUUUCUAA